CGUCGCUUAGUGAUGACGCACGAACGGAGAAUUGUCAAGAAGGUUGCAGAACAGUUGCGUCAGUGAGUUGCGCACUUGUAUCUCGGAAGGUGAACGAAGAGCUUUGAGUUUCAGGUUGAUCCAGGAUCAUACACAGUCAACAUGCUGCUGGCGAGGCUGACGUGCCUGAGGAGCCUGCCCGCGGCCGGGCUCCGUUCCGGGCUGAUGCAGGGCUCCCCGGCCCUGAGAGCACCGACCCUGAAGACCUGUCCCCCGCUGCUCAGGCCCCAGCAGGGUUUCUCCUCUAAGGCCAGGUUUGGUUUUCGCCGUGGGAAGACGACCAAAGACCAGCUCAAAGAAGCAGCGUUUGAGCCAGCGACAGAUACCGCCAUCAGAAUUGACGGUAUGGGGAGACUGUUUCUGGCUGGAGGUGCAGUAGUUGGUCUUGGAGCUCUGUGCUACUAUGGACUCGGCAUGUCAAAUGAAAUUGGUGCCAUUGAGAAAUCAGUGAUCUGGCCUCAGUAUGUGAAGGACAGGAUCCACUCCACCUACAUGUACUUUGCAGGCAGCGUUGGAAUGACCGCUCUGGGUGCUGUAGCUGUGAGCAGGACCCCGGCACUAAUGGGUCUGAUGAUGAGAGGAUCGUGGAUCGCGAUUGGAGCGACUUUUGCAGCCAUGAUUGGUGCGGGCAUGCUGGUCAGGUCGAUUUCAUAUGAGCACAGCCCAGUGCCCAAACACCUUGCUUGGAUGUUCCAUGCAGGUGUCAUGGGUGCCGUCAUCGCACCUCUCACUCUCCUGGGAGGGCCCCUGAUGAUGAGGGCUGCCUGGUACACAGCAGGCAUUGUGGGAGGUCUCUCUACUGUGGCCAUGUGUGCCCCAAGCGAGAAGUUCCUCAAUAUGGGUGGUCCGCUGGCUGUGGGCUUUGGAGUGGUCUUCGCUUCCUCUAUCGGAUCAAUGUUCCUGCCGCCCAGCUCUGCAUUUGGAGCAGGUCUUUACUCAGUGGCCAUCUAUGGAGGCCUGGUCCUGUUCAGCAUGUUCCUUCUCUAUGAUACACAGAAAAUCAUCAAGAAGGCAGAGACGCAUCCUCUCUAUGGCGUGCAGAAAUUUGAUCCCAUCAAUGCGUGUAUGGGGAUUUACAUGGACACGUUGAACAUCUUCAUGAGGCUGGUGAUGAUUCUGUCGGGCGGUGGCGGCAAAAGGAAGUGAACGGCGGCAUCCUGACGCCAACCUCACUUUGACUUUUCCACAGAGCUGAACAAAGCCAUGUUUCAUUACUAGCUGCACACACCAGGUGUCAUUCUUAGCGGCGGUUCCUGUCCAACUAGUACAUAAACAGAAAUACUUUGCAAGUGUGUGAAGAGGAGGAUUGCGCUCUCUGGUGCGUGCUGUCAGUGAAGAAGUCAAAUAUUUGUGCAUUCAUAACACAGACUGGGCUCAAUUGGGAACGUAUAUGUUUUAUUUGAGGGGUCACGGAUCAUUUUACCUGCUUCAGAUGUCCUUUGUAUUGUUCGUUAUGUUUUCUAUUUAUUUUCUUUUGAAUCAACAGGAAUCUGGUAUAAGCAACAGAAACAACACAUACGUCAACCAUACAACAACACAGACUAUCCUGUUUGUAACUGCUCCAAAUAUACACUGAAAUUGCACUUAUGUGAAUAAAAGGGUUUAAGAGGCUGACUUUAGUUCAUAUAUUUCUGAGAUAUGUUCAGUUAUUUCAAUGAGGGAAUCUAUUAAACAAAUAAAAUGUGAUGGUUUUCAUCAGA